UUUGUUACAAGAUUACGUAACAAACUUGCGUCUGGGUCAAACAUUUACAGUGUAUUCGUACAUCUCAAUAUAGCUGCGUCAACGAAUAAUCAAGUUUUACGACAUACUGAAAUUCCAGGACGUUCUAAGACUGACAAGUAAUGACGUUAAACGCGGCACGAUAGUUAAAACUUCACAAUGUUUUAUCACUUAUUUUCAUAAAGAUACGUAUGGCAUGUGAGUUCGAUCAUCGUGAAACUGUUGCUGUGUGGUGGGUCGUUGAAAACGAGUGGAUAAUCAUGCAAGAAAUUGUACUCAUAGUUUUUGCUAUUAUCUUGUGUCUUACCAAACGAAGUGGACAAAGCAUUAGGGUGGGAUCGAAAGAACUUUCUGAGUUGGACAAUGAUUUUGAAGACGGAACGUUGCAGCCAUGGAUUGAAGAAUCGCAAACAAGUAUCAGGUGGCAGGUUGGUAAUCAAGCGUCAUCUUGGGAGCCGAACAAUCCGGCACCUCAGCCAUUAAAUGGUAAAAAUUAUCUUCGAGUUGACCGAAGAGGAGCUUCUUCAUCGUUCGGUGUAGCAAUUCUGCGAAGUCCGACGUUCAAACUGUUAUCCGGCAGUGAAACUCACGUUUCGUUCUCAUUUUGGAUUCGUUCAAAGUGGCCCGCGUUCACCAAUCUCGAGUUGUACGUGGCACGAAACGGAAACGAAGAACAGCUCGUGAAUUUGUACAAUUACUCAGACAUAUCCAAUCGAUCUUGGCAGUCUCGAUCAGCUUUACUCACCGGUCAAUCUUCUUCUAAAUUUUCAUUAGUCUUUUACGCUUACUGCGGCGUAGAUGCUGAAGACGCCGUUGCCAUUGACGACAUUCGAUUCAGCCCAUUCCAAGAAUCCACAACAUUGGCAGUUACUGAAUCGACAACAAAUG